AUGGACGACAGCACACAUGACAGCACCACUCAAGCCUCACUAAGCACCACCGACUUGUCACAAACGCAAUCUCAACCGAAAGAUCUUUCAUUUAACAUAUCACAAGAUGAUCGUCUGUUCGCACAAGCAGGCAAAGAUCCUAUUCGGUACGACCGUGACAAUCCCGUCCUCAUGAUCACGCAAGCAUGGAUCGAUGAACGAAACGCGCCCGAAUUAUUACCCUAUAAACGUCACAUUGUAGAAACGCUGAUAGAAUUAUUAGAACAACAAACAGAAAUGGUCAUGGAGGACAUGUCCUCCACGGUGGAAAACAAGUUCAUCUCCAUGGUAUACCAAACAGAAAUAGAACGCAUCAAGUAUCUCGUCAAAAGCUACUUAAGAACACGCUUACACAAGAUCGAAAAGUUCACCCUUCAGUUACUGCGGACCUCUGGAUAUGAUUUAAUCAUGUCGCCUCAGGAGAUCAUUUACGCUCGUCGAUAUCAGGAACUUCUUGAGGCACACAACCAUGAAUCGUUUCUUCAUCUUUUGCCCCGAUCACAACACCGUCAAGACGAAUCCCACGGUGGUCUCAAUAUGGUCACCACGGCCGAUAUGGAAGCACCGGUGUUUUGUCGGGUCAUGGAAAACGUAGGUCAAGUCAGUCUCGGCGGUGAAAGCCAGUUACUGGAAAAGGGCGAAAUAUACAUUGUCCGUUAUUCAGACAUCAAGCAUCUGGUGCAAGACGGUCGUCUACAACUCAUUUAG